AAAAAACUGAUUACACUACUGUUCUAUCCUCGAGAUGACGUCGCCACCAUCGGAGCUCAGAGUCCUCGAGGCCGCUCGAGUUGGUCCUCCGCCGGGAUCGGUGCCGGAAUCUUCCCUUCCCUUCACCUUCUUCGACAUCGCGUGGCUCUACGGCCGCCCGGUGCAACGUGUCUUCUUCUACCGUUUCCCCCACUCCGCCUCCCACUUCAUGGAGUCCGUCUUCCCCACCCUCAAGUCCGCCCUUUCACUCACUCUCCGCGAUUUCUACCCCCUCGCAGGAAAGGUCCGCCUCGCACCUGGCAGCCAGAGUCAGUAUGAGCUCCACUACGCCGAGGGAGACUGCGUCCCCUUUGUGGUUGCCGAGCACGACGGCGACUUCGACGACCUUUCUGGAUACCACCCGCGACAGUACACCGGGGUACGACCAUUGGCUCCCCAGAUUCCGGAGCCCACAGACGACGACCAACGUCCGGUGAUGGCCCUGCAGGUAACUCUGUUCCCGAACAGAGGCUUGGCCUUGGCCGUCGCCGUGCACCACUUGUCCUGCGACGGCUCGAGUUCCACGCGGUUCUUGUCGUCGUGGGCUCGUUGA